AUGGUGUCCAAAAACCCCAACCCCUCUGAGGCUUUCUACUUGGACCCUUCUGGCAUGUCGCUCCCAGGAAUCCUCCCCUUCACCGCCGCUGCGGAUUCGCUUGAAGACCCUGCUAAAAAGACUCGCAAACCUUACACUAUCACCAAGUCUAGGGAGAGCUGGACAGAACCCGAACACGACAAGUUCCUCGAAGCUCUUCAAUUGUUUGACCGUGACUGGAAAAAGAUUGAAGCAUUUGUUGGAUCAAAGACAGUUAUCCAGAUACGUAGCCAUGCUCAGAAAUACUUUCUAAAAGUUCAGAAGAGUGGGACAAGUGAACAUCUUCCUCCACCCAGACCAAAAAGAAAAGCUGCUCAUCCAUAUCCUCAAAAAGCUUCAAAAAAUGUUCCAGUGUUGUCACAAGUAUCAGGCUUAUUUCAAUCAUCAUCCGCUUUGCUUGAACCAGGAUACACAAUAAAGCAUGAUUCUUCAGCAAUGCUUAAAACUCCUAUUAUUAACACUGCAGUGUCUUCCUGGUCAAACAACUCUCUGCAGAAAACCACCACCAAUGCAUUGCAUGGACAAAAAGUGAAUAAUUGUUGCAGCAGCAGUGAAAGUCCCAGAGCACAGUUGGUUGGUGAAUCUAAUGGUCAAGGGAAUAAUAUCCAUUCGUUGAGAGUUCUUCCUGAUUUUGGUGAAGUAUACGGCUUCAUUGGCAGUGUAUUUGAUCCAAAUGUAACUGGACAUCUUCAGAAACUAAAACGGAUGGACCCUAUAGAUGUUGAGACUGUGCUAUUGUUGAUGAGAAACCUGUCUAUCAAUUUAGCAAACCCAGAUUUUGAGGACCAUAGAAGGCUGCUUGCAUCAUAUGAGGUGGAACCUGAGUCAGAUAACUAUAUCAAUACAGAUCAAGUCAUGCUUGAUGUGCAGUUGAAGAGUGUAACUUAG